AUUGCUGCGUUCGGAACUCCUCGUCCAACUAGUUGGACAAGUUGGACAAGAUGUUUUGACCGUUCGGAACCCCUACUUUCUCGUCCUGGACAAGUUGUCCAUCUCGUCCAACUCGCCCUGGUUCGCAGCGGGGCAACAACGACGAGAUGACGUCACAAAGGCGUUUGUUUACAAACAGAGAUAAUGGCAGUCGUGGAGAAAAUUGUGUGUUCAAAGAUCACGAUAAUAAUUAUUGGCUGGAUGCAGAUGGUUCAGUGCCAUUCCCAGAAAAUUCGGUGGUGUACCGUACAAGUACCGAUUUUCCUGGGAGGUAUUUUGCAGACCAGGAGUUAACAGUGGAAUGGGCUCUCGAGUGGCUACCACGAACAGUUGAAGUAUACCCUCGCAAGGUACUUGGGAAACCAGUCUUUGCCUAUCAGAACUUUCCUGCUGUCUCCUCCGCAGCCUUCUCUUGCUACCAUGUCACCCACUCCAUCAGUUCUUCCUCCAAAGCGACAUGCUCUUCCUACUUGCUUAAAUCCAGUUCUUCCCUCAACAUCCACUACACCAUCUUCCAUGGUAUCUACACCAAUUACUUCCCCAGAGCGGGUUGUUGGUGUAGAACCAAGUGAAAUCGAGGAAGCCGAGGGUUUCACUAAAAAGGAAACCAAAUUUUUUAUAAAUCUUAUGCAGGAAUAUCUGCAAAAGAAUUAUAAUCCAUUGCCGUUCUCGAUAGCAGAGUUGCAGAGUUGAUGUUGGAAAGGAU